GCUAGAAAACAGCAGUGCCGCUAUCUGGUCACACCGCGAAAAAUAUUAUAUUGAGUUGAAGAUUAUAUUAUACAUAUAUAUAUAUCGAAGAUACAUAUUCUGAAAACAAGUGCUGAAGCCCAAGCAAAUUGCAAACGAAACGGUCGCGCGAGCCAAGUAGAACACCCGAAACGAGUUCAGUGCGUGCGCUUGAGUGUGUGACUGCCAUGCGAGGCUCGCCCGGGUGAUCCGGCUGUGCCAGGUGCCCCAGGUUCCAGGUUCUAGGUUCCUGGUUCCGCUCCACUCGUCGCUGGAUUCAGUGCAGACAAGGGGCGGGGAGGCGGAGGCUAGGCUCCACGGAAGGCGGUCCGCGGCUACUCCACGGCGCACAGGAUGUUCUCGGGGCCCAGCGGCCAUGCCCACACCAUUAGCUACGGGGGCGGGAUCGGUCUGGGCACCGGAGGCGGUGGUGGUGGUGGCUCACAGGGCGGCGGAGGCGGUGGUGUUGGCAUUGGCGGCGGUGGCGUGGCUGGACUGCAGGACUGCGAUGGCUAUGACUUCACCAAAUGCGAGAACGCUGCGAGAUGGAGGGGCUUGUUUACGCCGUCGCUGAAGAAGGUGCUGGAGCAAGUGCAUCCACGGGUCACCGCCAAGGAGGACGCUCUGCUGUAUGUGGAGAAACUCUGCCUACGGCUGUUGGCUAUGCUGUGCGCCAAACCGCUGCCCCACUCCGUUCAGGAUGUGGAGGAAAAGGUGAACAAGUCCUUUCCGGCGCCCAUCGAUCAGUGGGCUCUCAACGAGGCCAAGGAGGUGAUCAAUUCAAAGAAGCGCAAGUCUGUCCUGCCCACGGAAAAGGUGCACACGCUGCUCCAGAAGGAUGUGCUGCAGUACAAGAUCGACAGCUCCGUGUCCGCCUUCCUGGUGGCCGUGCUGGAGUACAUCUCUGCGGACAUACUCAAAAUGGCCGGCGACUAUGUGAUCAAGAUCGCCCACUGCGAGAUCACGAAGGAGGACAUCGAGGUGGUGAUGAACGCCGAUCGCGUGCUAAUGGACAUGCUCAACCAGAGCGAAGCCCACAUCCUGCCCAGUCCCCUGUCACUGCCCGCUCAGCGGGCAAGUGCCACCUACGAGGAGACGGUCAAGGAGCUGAUCCACGACGAGAAGCAGUACCAGCGCGACCUGCACAUGAUCAUACGCGUCUUUCGCGAGGAGCUGGUGAAGAUCGUGACCGAUCCCCGGGAGCUGGAACCGAUAUUCUCCAACAUAAUGGACAUUUACGAAGUGACGGUGACUCUGCUCGGCUCCCUGGAGGACGUCAUCGAGAUGUCCCAGGAGCAGAGUGCCCCUUGCGUGGGCAGCUGCUUUGAGGAACUGGCCGAGGCCGAGGAGUUCGACGUGUACAAGAAGUACGCCUACGAUGUGACUUCGCAGGCAUCACGGGAUGCCCUCAACAAUCUCCUGUCCAAGCCAGGGGCCUCAUCUCUGACUACAGCCGGCCAUGGCUUUCGCGAUGCUGUCAAGUACUAUUUGCCCAAGCUGCUUCUGGUGCCCAUUUGCCAUGCCUUCGUGUACUUCGACUACAUCAAGCACCUCAAGGAUCUCAGCUCGUCGCAGGACGACAUCGAGAGCUUCGAGCAGGUCCAGGGCCUGCUGCAUCCACUCCACUGCGAUCUCGAGAAGGUUAUGGCAAGUCUGUCCAAGGAGCGGCAAGUACCCGUCAGCGGACGAGUGCGUCGCCAGCUGGCCAUCGAGCGGACACGGGAGCUGCAAAUGAAGGUGGAGCACUGGGAGGAUAAGGACGUGGGCCAAAAUUGCAAUGAAUUUAUUCGCGAGGAUUCGCUAAGCAAGCUUGGAUCAGGAAAACGAAUCUGGAGCGAGCGCAAGGUGUUUCUCUUCGAUGGGCUGAUGGUGCUAUGCAAGGCAAACACCAAAAAGCAAACGCCAUCGGCAGGAGCAACGGCCUACGAUUACCGGCUGAAGGAGAAGUAUUUUAUGCGACGCGUAGAUAUCAACGACCGACCGGACAGCGAUGACCUGAAGAACAGCUUUGAGUUGGCACCCAGGAUGCAGCCGCCAAUUGUGCUGACCGCCAAGAAUGCGCAGCACAAGCACGAUUGGAUGGCGGACCUGCUGAUGGUGAUCACCAAGUCGAUGCUGGACCGCCACUUGGACAGCAUUCUGCAAGACAUCGAGCGGAAGCACCCACUGCGAAUGCCCAGCCCGGAGAUUUACAAGUUUGCGGUGCCGGACAGCGGUGACAAUAUCGUGUUGGAGGAGCGCGAAAGCGCUGGAGUGCCGAUGAUCAAGGGCGCGACGCUUUGCAAGCUCAUCGAGCGGCUCACCUAUCACAUCUACGCCGACCCUACCUUCGUGCGCACCUUCCUCACCACAUAUCGCUACUUCUGCUCGCCGCAGCAAUUGCUGCAGCUGCUUGUGGAGCGCUUUAACAUACCGGAUCCCAGCUUGGUCUAUCAAGACACUGGCGCAGCAGGUGCGGGUGGAAUCGGCGGCGUUGGCGGUGACAAGGAGCACAAGAACUCGCAUCGUGAGGACUGGAAGCGCUAUCGUAAAGAGUAUGUGCAGCCAGUGCAGUUUCGAGUGCUCAACGUGCUGCGCCAUUGGGUCGACCACCAUUUUUACGAUUUCGAGAAGGAUCCCAUGUUGCUGGAGAAGCUGCUCAGCUUUCUGGAGCACGUGAAUGGCAAAUCGAUGCGCAAGUGGGUGGACUCCGUGCUUAAGAUUGUUCAGAGAAAGAACGAGCAGGAGAAAAGCAAUAAGAAGAUUGUAUACGCCUAUGGCCACGAUCCGCCGCCCAUUGAGCAUCACCUUAGCGUACCCAACGACGAGAUAACGCUCCUCACCCUGCACCCACUAGAACUGGCCCGUCAGCUCACUCUGCUGGAAUUCGAGAUGUACAAGAAUGUAAAGCCCUCUGAGUUGGUCGGAUCCCCCUGGACGAAAAAGGACAAGGAGGUGAAGAGCCCUAAUUUACUGAAGAUUAUGAAGCACACCACAAACGUGACGCGCUGGAUUGAGAAAUCCAUCACCGAAGCUGAGAAUUACGAGGAACGACUUGCAAUUAUGCAACGCGCAAUCGAAGUGAUGAUGGUGAUGCUGGAAUUGAACAAUUUUAAUGGAAUCCUCUCGAUUGUCGCGGCAAUGGGCACGGCAUCAGUUUAUCGACUGCGCUGGACGUUCCAGGGAUUGCCCGAACGCUACAGAAAGUUCUUGGAAGAGUGCCGCGAGCUCAGUGACGAUCAUCUCAAGAAGUAUCAGGAACGAUUGCGAUCCAUCAAUCCGCCUUGUGUGCCAUUUUUCGGUCGCUACUUGACCAACAUACUCCACUUAGAGGAGGGAAACCCCGACCUGCUAGCCAACACAGAGCUAAUUAACUUCUCAAAACGACGGAAAGUGGCCGAGAUUAUUGGCGAGAUUCAACAGUACCAGAACCAGCCAUACUGUCUCAAUGAGGAGUCCACAAUACGACAAUUCUUCGAGCAACUGGAUCCGUUUAACGGACUGUCCGACAAACAGAUGUCUGACUAUCUCUAUAACGAAAGUUUACGCAUUGAGCCAAGGGGCUGCAAGACGGUGCCGAAAUUCCCUCGAAAGUGGCCGCACAUUCCGCUCAAAUCGCCGGGCAUUAAGCCGCGUCGUCAGAAUCAAACCAACAGCAGUAGCAAGCUGUCGAACAGCAUGUCGUCAGUGGCGGCGGCAGCGGCAGCUUCGUCAACGGCCACCACAAUAGCGACUGCAGCAGCUCCAUCUUUGCAUGCCUCCAGUAUAUUGGAUGCGCCAGCAGCAGGCUCAAAUGCUGGGUCCGGAACUCUCGCUGGCGAGCAAAGUCCGCAGCACAAUCCACACGCGUUCUCCGUUUUCGCCUCUGUUAUUAUACCCGAACGGAAUACUAGCAGCUGGAGUGGUACGCCACAGCACACUCGAACGGAUCAGAGCAAUGGGGAGGUUUCGGUGCCGGCGCCACAUCUCCCCAAGAAACCUGGCGCGCAUGUCUGGGCUAACAAUUCGACACUGGCCAGUGCGUCAGCAAUGGAUGUGUUCAGUCCAGCGCUGCCGGAGCACCUGCCACCGCAGUCCCUGCCAGAUAGCAAUCCAUUUGCAUCGGACACGGAAGCUCCGCCCUCGCCGCUGCCCAAGCUAGUGGUCAGUCCGCGUCACGAAACCGGCAAUCGAUCACCAUUCCAUGGGCGUAUGCAGAACAGCCCAACGCACAGCAUCGCUAGUACCGUGACCCUAACAGGCAUGUCUGCAUCGGCCGGGGAGGAGUUCUGCCCGGGUGGCUUCUAUUUCAACAGUGCCCAUCAGGGACAGCCAGGGGCAGUGCCCAUCUCGCCGCAUGUCAAUGUUCCGAUGGCCACCAAUAUGGAGUACCGAGCAGUGCCGCCUCCACUGCCACCCAGACGCAAGGAGCGCACUGAGAGCUGUGCGGACAUGGCGCAAAAGCGACAGGCGCCAGACGCACCCACAUUACCCCCGCGUGAUGGCGAACUCAGUCCGCCCCCGAUACCGCCACGGCUCAACCAUUCCACGGGCAUCAGCUACUUGCGACAGAGCCAUGGCAAGAGCAAGGAGUUUGUGGGCAAGAGCAGUCUGCUCCUGCCCAACACCAGCAGUAUUAUGAUACGCCGCAACUCGGCGAUCGAGAAGCGGGCAGCGGCAACUACCCAGCCAUCGGCGGUUGGACCCAUCAGCACGACACUAGUGACCGUGUCGCAGGCGGUGGCGACGGACGAACCGCUCCCGCUACCAAUCUCGCCAGCGGCAAGCUCCUCGACGACCACAUCACCGCUGACACCCGCCAUGUCGCCCAUGUCCCCCAACAUUCCCAGCCAUCCGGUGGAGAGCACGACGAGCAGCUAUGCCCACCAACUGCGAAUGCGGCAGCAGCAGACGCAUCCCGCGAUUUACUCGCAACACCAUCAUGCCACCCAUCUGCCGCAUCAUCAACACCAGCACCAUUCGAAUCCGACGCAGUCACGCUCGUCCCCGAAGGAGUUCUUUCCGAUUGCCACGAGCCUCGAGGGCACACCCAAACUUCCACCAAAACCUAGUCUAAGCGCUAACUUCUAUAACAAUCCAGAUAAAGGUACGAUGUUUCUUUACCCAAGUACAAACGAAGAAUAAUUUAAAUUGCCUGGCGAUGUGAUAGGACAAAAACUACGAGUAUGAUCCGUAAGAUUCAAAGUUGCAAGUACUGCUUGAGUGCAGAUAUAGAUGAGAACGGAACGGAACGUGAGAUAUAUAUAUACGUAGGCACAGUUUAUGUAUUCUAGUUGGCCUACGGCCGUAUGCCCGGAUGAACCGAGUUGGAUCCGAUGAAGUUGAUGAUUUGAUUGUUCGCAACUCAUUAAACAAGGUAAAACAGAACACGCUCUCAUUUACACAAUAGGCACGGCAUAUGAAUACAUGCGCAUGCAGGACACACAAACCAACCAACAAGAAAUGCAAACAAGAAAUUAUGUUAUUAUAUAAUUACUAUUAUAAAUAUUUGUAAAUAUCGAGAACAUUGUAUUGAUCGUAGAACGUAAAACAAUAAAAUAUAACCCUAUUGUUAGACAGUU